CCAUCGCUACCACCGCCAAUCCCUUCUUCACGGCCUCCGAAAUCCGAAAACAAGCCGCCGCCUCCUCCGCCCGCCACAUCAUAACCGACACAUCCUCCGCAAACAAAGUCCGCUCCAUUGACGGUAUUUUAACCAUUAUCUGCACCGGCGAAGACUCCCCUGAAGGCACCAUGCCUUUCAACGACUUACUAAAGCACGAUGCUCUGCUUCACGAUGAUUAUGAUGAAAAAUCCGAUUUUUGCCCGGAUGACGUUGUCGCGCUUCCUUACUCUUCGGGAACCACCGGCUUGCCUAAGGGAGUCAUGCUGACGCACAAAGGAACCGUGACCAGCAUAUCACAGCAAGUUGACGGAGGCGAACAGAACGUGCAUCUGUAUUACAAUAGCGAGGAUGUGAUGCUCUGCCUUUUGCCGAUGUAUCAUAUAUACUCGCUGGUGACGGUGCUGUGCUGCGCGUUGAGGGCAAAGGCGGCUCUGGUGAUUGUGAGGAAGUUUGAUAUGAGGGGAAUGAUGGAGAUUAUACAGAGGUAUAAGGUGACGGUGGCUCCCCUGGUGCCACCUAUAGCGGUGGAGAUGGCGAAGACGACGGCAGCGGAUGCUUAUGAUUUGUCGUCGGUGAGGAUGGUUAUAUCUGGGGCGGCGCCGAUGGGGAAGGAGCUUGAGGAUGCUAUUCGGGAAAGGAUGCCGAAUGCAAUGAUCGGUCAGGUGGGGGGCUGA